UUUGGCUCAAGCGGAGCCUCCUUGCCGACGCUGGCGGCAAAGGAAGAUGGCUGAGCUGCAAAACGAGAAGACAGCUCCUCCAGCCAAAAAGAGAAAGUCGGAGGAUGCAGUGAACGGUCUGAAUGUGGACCAUGUCUUGGACUCGCUGCUCCACGUCCGGAAAAGGCCUCCCAUCAAUCAGUCAGUCACAAUUCCUGAGGAAGUUGUGAAAGAUUUGUGCCAUGUGGCUUUGACCAUAUUCCAUCAGCAGCCAAUGCUCCUGGAGCUGGAUUCUCCGCUGAAUCUUUGCGGCGAUGUCCAUGGCCAGUACCAUGACCUCCUGAGAAUCUUUGACACUAGCGGGUAUCCCCCGCAGGCCAACUAUUUGUUCUUGGGUGACUACGUUGAUAGAGGAAAGCGCAGCUUGGAGACGAUUUGCUUGCUUUUUGCCUACAAGGUCAAGUUUCCAGAGAACUUCUUCCUCCUACGUGGAAAUCAUGAGUCGCCCUCCAUUUGUAGGAUCUAUGGCUUUUAUGACGAAUGCAAGUCACGCUACAGCAUCAAGAUUUGGAAAACUUUUUGUGAUGUCUUCAAUUAUAUGCCGGCGUGUGCCCUUAUUGCGGAUAAGGUGAUUUGCAUGCAUGGUGGGCUGUCCUUCGAUAUGAUAGACGCCAAAGUUGACUUGCGGAGCAAGAUCAAUUCCAUGCAAAGGCCUGCAGACAUUCCGGACUCUGGGUUCCUUUGUGACCUACUAUGGUCGGAUCCAUCCGAGGCCACCCAGGGCUUUGGAGUGAAUGACCGGGGUGUCUCGGUUUCGUUUGGGCCAGAGAUUGUUCAGCAGUUCCUGAAGCUACAUGAUUUCGACCUGAUUGUUAGAGCACACCAGGUUGUUGAGGAUGGGUACGAGUUCUUCUCCAACAGAGGACUUGUGACCCUUUUUUCUGCACCAAACUACUGCGGAGAGUUUGACAAUGCAGCGGCUGUGCUCUCUAUUGACGACGAGUUGACAUGUGCCUUCUCGGUCCUCAAGCCAUCGCUAACCUCACAACCUCCUUGACAGUGCGUGGCCCAAGAGGCCCAACAGGUUGCACUGACUGUAGCACUCAGUUUGAGCUGACUGGGCGACGAAUGGGUAUUUGCCCACCGGAUGUGUGGAUUUCAAGGCGAAGC